AUGAGCCGACGGACGCUGUGCGGGAAGGCAGGCGGCACCUCCUCUCCCGGCGAGCCCCAGCAGCAGGCGGAUGGCCCCGCGGUGCUGGGGGCCCCAGAGAACCCCUCUGGGGGGGACCCCAGGCUGCAAGUGCCAGGCUGGACACCCCAUUCCCACGCACUCUCCAGCCCAGCCCUGAGGACCCCCAAGUUUCUGCGGCACCGGCAGCUGCCGGUUGUGCCUGGGGAUGCCGAUGCACCCACAGCAGACACGGUGCCAGAUGCUGAGGGACCCAUCUAUGAAAGUAUCCGGUACAAAUCUGCGACGCUGACAAAAACCAGGGGUGAUUCCCCAUCCCUGCCCACUGAGGAUGAGCGGAGCAGCGCCAGGCAGGACGCCAUCACCCAGGAGGAGCCGGGCAGCGAGGGCAGUCCCAGCCCCGUGUACGCUCGGGUGUGCAAACCACCCUGGGCACCACAGCCCCGGCAGCCCACUGGGGCCCCUGAACCCCAAGAAGAAGAACCUCCAUCGGUGCCAGAAAAGCACUUCGAUGUGGCAUAG